AAUAUAUGGUUUGGCAUCAGUAAUUCAAAGAUCGAUAAUGUCAAUAUAUCCUCCAACUGCUUCUCAACUAAUUAGUUCAUUAUAUAACAAAUUAAUUAAAUCACAAAUUAAAGCUUAUGAUGAACCUAAUUUACCACUUUUACCUAAUCCAAAUGUUGAUAUUGAAAUGCUUGAUCAAUCUAGUGAAAAUGAAAAUAAACUUUUUAAUACUCUUGAAUCAAAAAAGUAUAUAAGUGAUGAUUCUAAUAUAAUGGAAUUUAACUUAAAUGUUAAUAAUAAUGAUUGUGAAUUAUCAUCUUUAUCAUCAUAUACUAUUGAUAAUGAAAAAAGAUUUCAAUGUAAAUGCGGAAAGAUAAUUAAAUUGCAUCAAGCUUACAAUCCAAAAAAUUUAGAAAAACAUAAUAAAACUAAUAACUGUUUACUAACAAAAGGAAUACAUCCACUCACAAGUUAUUUUAUAAAUUCUACAAAAUCAAAACAAAUUUUAUGUAUUGGAUUGAAAGGCAAGAAGCAUUUGAAAUAUUUACAAAGAAUUGGUGGAAUUAUUCAUUAUGAUAAAGCACUAUGUGUUGAAGUAUUGGCAAAAGAAUUAUUCUCAAAAAAGGUUAAUAAAAAUUUUUGUUGGAAAAAGCUAACAAAUAAUGAAAAAAUCAAGUUAGAAAAUGAGUUAGUUGCAAGGGCAAAAUGGCGUAAUGAUUUUAAUUCUAAUUUAACAAAAUUUUAA